AUGCCAAGUCAUUGUUGCUCUAGGAAGAUAAUAAUAUUUGACGGAAGCGACUUGAACUUGCCAUCUGAAAACAAACCGAAACCUCAGUACGACAUCUCCCUCGGAUCGCAACGCGCGCGUUCUCUACAAACAAAACGUUUUUCUCACUUUUUGACGAACUAUUUCUUUACAGGAGAAAUCGAUCGUAUUGAGUUUUUUACAAUGGGUGGAUGGCUAAGCCAGUUAUGGUGGGGAGGUGAUCCCGAUGAAGUAAACCCAGUUUCGGGUAUGACACGAAGGGAAGUCUACGCCGUCCAGCGCUCCUGGGCUCCUGUUUACAAAGACUCCGUGGCUACUGGCACCGAACUUCUUAAAAGAUUCUUCCAAGCCUAUCCUCAAUCAAAAGAGUUCUUUAAAAUGAUAAGAAAAUUGCCCGAAGAAGAGUAUGCACAAAACUUCCAGUUUAAGGCACACGUCAUCAACUUGAUGUCUGCACUCAACCAAGCCGUCACUAACCUUAACCAGCCGGAGGUAGUCGCUGUUAUGAUGAACAAGCUCGGGGAGUCACAUCGCAAGAGAAAAAUUCAAGAACAAAAUUUCCACGACUUAAAAGAAGUCAUAGUAAAGAUGUUCAUCGAAGUAUUAAAGCUGGACGAGUCAACACUUGGCGCGUGGGGCAAGACUGUUGGCUUCUGGUACAAACACAUCUUUGAAACACUGAACUCUGGAGAUGAGAGCAGCUAA